GCUGACAUGGCGGUCGGGAAGCUGACUUUCACCAAGACGGAGAGAGAGAAGCUCGCUGAGGUCCUCUGGCUGCUCAACUGGAUCUCCGUGCUGACGGGAGCCAUCCUGUUUGGUCUGGGCUUAUUCCUCAAAGUAGAGAUUCAGAAAUGGCAGGAAGUGAUGUCAGAGGGGAUCCUCUACGUGCCACAUAUGCUCAUCACCACGGGCCUGGCGGCGUGCUGCAUUAACUUCCUGGGUGGGAAGAUCUGCCUGGACUGCGCCGACACCAACAAGUUCCUGCGCUGGAAGCUGGUGAUGAUGCCGUACAUCAUCUGUACCUUCUGCUUCACCUCCUGCGUCCUGGGGGGGGCGCUCAUGUGCUACAGCAUCCGAGGCCAGCUGGAGGAUUCGCUGUCGCUGGGCCUGAGGAACGCCAUGAAGUACUACAAGGACACGGACACGCCGGGACGCUGCUACCUGAAGAAGACUCUGGACCUGCUGCAGAUCCAGUUCCAAUGCUGUGGGAACUCUGGGUACCGGGACUGGUUCCAGGUCCAGUGGAUCAGCAACCGCUACCUGGACAUGACCAGCAGCAGCGUGGUGGAUCGUCUGAGGAGUAACGUGGAGGGGAAGUACCUGAUGGAAGGCGUUCCCUUUAGCUGCUGCAGCACCUUGUCCCCUCGGCCCUGCAUCCAGCAGCACGUUGGCGACAGAUCACCUCAUUUCAACUACGACCAGCGGAGCCAGCAGCUAAACCUGUGGAGGAGGGGCUGCCGACAGGCCCUGAUGGACCACUACACCGGCAUUAUGCAGUCCAUCGGCCUCACCGUGCUGCUCAUCUGGCUGUUUGAGCUGCUGGUUCUCACAGGAGUACGUUACCUGCAGACGGCCAUGGAGAACGUUCUCCGGCUGGGCGAUCCGGACUCAGAGGUUGAUGGUUGGAUUCUGGAGAACAGCCUGGCAGAAACAGCCCGUUCCAACUUCAAAAUCAUCAAGAACAUGGGGAAGUGUUACCAGGUGGACAACGACCCAAACAUCAACAUCCCGACUGUCACCGCCGAGCAGGAGGUGCCGUCCCGGCAGGUCGGCAUCCCUUGUGACAAAGGGAGAGUUCAUGGUGCAUAUGGGCUGACGGGUCAGGGUGAGUAUCUGACGGAUCAGGGUGAGUAUCUGACGGGUCAGGGUGAGUAUCUGACGGGUCAGGGUGAGUAUCUGACGGGUCAGGGUGAGUAUCUGACAGGUCAGGGUGAGUAUCUGACGGGUCAGGGUGAGUAUCUGACGGGUCAGGGUGAGUAUCUGACGGGUCAGGGUGAGUAUCUGACGGGUCAGGGUGAGUAUCUGACGGGUCAGGGUGAGUAUCUGACGGGUCAGGGUGAGUAUCUGACGGGUCAGGGUGAGUAUCUGACGGGUCAGGGUGAGUAUCUGACGGGUCAGGGUGAGUAUCUGACGGGUCAGGGUGAGUAUCUGACGGAUCAGGGUGAGUAUCUGACGGGUCAGGGUGAGUAUCUGACGGGUCAGGGUGAGUAUCUGACGGAUCAGGGUGAGUAUCUGACGGGUCAGGGUGAGUAUCUGACGGGUCAGGGUGAGUAUCUGACGGGUCAGGGUGAGUAUCUGACGGGUCAGGGUGAGUAUCUGACGGGUCAGGGUGAGUAUCUGACGGGUCAGGGUGAGUAUCUGACGGGUCAGGGUGAGUAUCUGACGGGUCAGGGUGAGUAUCUGACGGGUCAGGUGUGGAGUGUUUUCCCAAACUGUCCUGGCGUGUCCGUCCAUCGUGGUGGAGCAGGUGGAGCAGGUGGAGCAGGUGGAGAGCUGCGCUGGCCUCCUGAUGAUGUCAGCAGUGACAUCAGAGAGGGCCACGCCCAGCCAAUCAGUGUGAAGGCCACUGUGAUCGUGGGAGGGGUGGGGUCAAACUCACCUGUAGCCCCACCUCCAGGCCAGGAGGCGGAGUCAGAUCAGGAAAAACUGAGCCAAUAA